GCUCGAGAACCUUCUGGAGCUCGCGGCUUAUAUAAGAGAGAAAGCGCGAGAGCACUGAAGCCAUACAGUAGCUACAACCGUCACAGGGAGAGACAGGCGAAACUCGCGACCCGGCUUUUCUUUUUAAUUUACUUGCCUGGAUCGAGAUGGUUCGAGAAACCGGUUAUUACGAUCUGCUCGGCGUCAGCCCCAAUGCGAGCUUGGACGAGCUUAAGAAGGCAUAUCGCAAACUGGCGUUGAAAUAUCACCCGGAUAAGAACCCGAAUGAAGGCGACAAAUUCAAACUUAUAUCACAAGCCUAUGAGGUCCUGUCAGACCCUAAAAAGCGUGAACUUUAUGAUCAAGGUGGCGAACAAGCUAUCAAGGAGGGUGGUAUGGGAGGAGGGGGCUUCUCCUCACCCAUGGAUAUUUUCGACAUGUUCUUUGGUGGCGGAGGCAGAAUGCAAAGAGAAAGGAAAGGUAAAAACGUGGUUCACCAACUUGGAGUCACGCUAGAAGAAUUGUACAAUGGCUCAACAAGAAAACUCGGUCUUCAGAAGAAUGUCAUCUGUGAGAAAUGUGAUGGCUACGGAGGCAAGAAGGGCGCGCUUGAAAAAUGCUCAACUUGUAAAGGAAGGGGUGUGCAGGUCCAGGUACAACAAAUUGGACCUGGAAUGAUUCAGCAGAUUCAAAGCAUGUGUUCAGACUGCCAAGGACAGGGAGAGAGGUUCAGUUCCAAGGACCGAUGCAAGAACUGCAGUGGACGCAAAGUAGAACGCAAGAAGAAAAUUCUCGAAGUUCACAUUGACAAAGGUAUGAAGGACGGCCAGAGAAUCACUUUUAGUGGAGAAGGAGAUCAAGAGCCAGGACUGGAGCCUGGUGAUGUCAUCAUUGUUCUGGACUUAAAAGAACAUCCUGUUUUCCAAAGGCAAAACGAUAACCUCAUCAUGAAAAUGAAGAUUAAGCUGGUAGAGGCCCUAUGUGGGUUCAAUAAGACAGUUCGCACACUAGAUGACAGAACACUCAUCGUUCAUUCAUCUCCAGGUAAUGUAAUAAGACCAAAUGCCCUAAAAUGUAUUUAUAAUGAGGGCAUGCCUCUCUACAAAGAACCUUAUGAGAAAGGUCUACUCAUCGUAAAGUUUGAGAUUGAGUUCCCAGAGAAACACUGGCUACCUGACAACAUGCUGCCUGAUUUGGAGAGGUUACUCCCACCCAGAGAACACAUCAUGGUGUCUGAUGAUAUGGAAGAGGUUGACCUCUGUGAAAUGAGUGACUAUGAAAACCAAAAGAGGAGCUACAGUCGUGAAGCCUACGAAGAGGAUGAAGGCCCCAGGCAAAGUGGGGUCCAAUGCCAGACUCAGUGAACGUCAUAUUUAAUGGGAUCAUUCGUGUGGUCGUAUUUUUAAACGUGACUGCAAAUGUAAUCUGCGUUUCAGGAUGGUUAUAUAUAGAUCUUAAGGAACAAUAUAUACAGUAAGGAUUUCCCCUGUAUUGAUGCCUUAAAAGAUGGACCAUUUACUGUCCUUCGUUCUCCGAGAAAGAACAUUGGAUGUUUUGCAGCUAUCAUCAGAGAUGAGAAUUAUUAAAGAUGUUUAUUUAACGGGAAUAUUUUGGAAACUCUUGAACUGUUGGCAACUGAUGUUAUUUUUUGCAUGUAAAUUAUUUGUGAGUAUGCAGUUUGUUUACUUUUGUAUGUUUAUCAGACCUGCAGAUGUCACCAAGCAUUGUUUGUCACAAAACCCGGAUGAAGAUGGUUAUUUGUACACAAAAGUAAUUGUUCUUCACAUUCAGCCCUUUGUCAAGUGUUUUGUUUUUCACAAAUAAAAAAAAUCACAUUC